AUGCCCGUGAAGCAGCAGAGUAAAGCCUCAGCCAAGAAACUGACAAAAAAGGAGGUAGAUGCUGCACUGCUGUGUGUUGCCAAAGCUAAACCAGGACCGACCUUUUUUAGAGAGCUUGGUGAUAAAGGAUUGAUCUCCUAUGCAGAGUACCUAUUUUUGCUGACAAUCCUUACGAAACCCCAGACUGGAUUUCAGAUUGCCUUUAAAAUGUUGGAUACAGAUGGCAACGAACAAGUUGAAAAGAAAGAAUUCUUUAAGCUACAGAGAAUCAUUGGGAAGGAAGAUGAUUUGAAAACAUCUGGAGAUGAAACAGUAUCUCGGGGAGCAGAACUGGAAAGCUGUGGUGUUAAUACCACGUUGCUGGUACAUUUCUUUGGAAAAGAAGGAAAGGAAAAGCUUCGCUAUUCUGAGUUUUUCAGAUUCAUGGAAAAUCUGCAAACAGAAGUCCAAGAAAUGGAAUUCAUAAAGUUUUCAAAGGGGUUGAAUGUCAUGAGAAAAGAAGACUUUGCGGAAUGGUUACUGUACUUCACUGAUGAGGAAAACAACGAAAUUUACUGGCAGAAUGUGAAGGACAGAAUUGAGGCAGGAGAGAAUAUCAGUUUGGAAGAAUUCAAGACUUUCUGCAAGUUUACAAACAACCUGGAAGACUUUUCUAUUGCCAUGCAGAUGUUUACUGUCGCCAACCGUCCUGUUAAACGGGCCGAGUUCAAGAGAGCAGUGAAAGUGGCGACAGGACAGGAGCUCUCAGACAACGUUUUGGAUACCAUCUUCAAGAUUUUCGAUCUAGAUGGAGAUGACUGCCUCAGCCACGGCGAGUUUCUUGGAGUCCUGAGGAACCGAAUUCAUCGCGGUUUGAGGGUACCGCAGCAGCAAGGCAUUCAAGGUUACUGGAAGUGUGUGAAAAGAGAAAGCAUUAAAGGAGCCAAAGAAUUGUGGAAGCAAACCGGAAAAAGUCCUUUUUAA